AUGUCUUCCUGCAACACCAGCACGUCUGGCCAUUCCACCUUCCUGCUCACGGGCUUCCCAGGACUCGAAGCCUCUCACCACUGGGUUUCGAUCCCCAUCAACCUCAUCUGUGUGGUUUCCAUCCUGGGUAACAGCAUGAUCCUCUUCCUGAUCCGCACAGACUCGGCCCUGCACGAACCCAUGUACAUCUUCCUGUCCAUGUUGGCAGCCUCUGACCUGGGCCUCUGCGCCUCCACCUUCCCCACCAUGGUGAGGCUCUUCUGGCUGGGGGCUCGAGAGCUGCCUUUCGACCUCUGCGCGGCUCAGAUGUUCUUCAUCCACGCCUUCACCUACGUGGAGUCCGGCGUGCUGCUGGCCAUGGCCUUCGACCGGUUCGUGGCCAUCCGGGAACCUCUGUACUACACCACCAUUCUCACUCACUCCACUAUGGCCAAAAUGGGGGCUGCCAUCUUGGGCAGGGCUGUCCUGCUCAACCUCCCCGGGCCCAUCCUCCUGCGACGGCUCUUCUUCCCCCGGAUCAGCGUCCUCUCUCACUGCUACUGCCUGCACUGUGACCUCGUGGGCCUGGCCUGCUCAGACAUCAGGAUCAACAGCCUGGUGGGCUUGGUCUCCAUCCUCCUCUCCCUGGGCCUGGACUCGUCCCUCAUCAUGCUGUCCUACACCCUGAUCCUGCAGACCGUGCUGAGCAUCGCCUCGCCUGGCGAGCGACUCAAGGCCCUCAACACGUGCGUCUCGCAUCUCUGCAUCGUCCUCAUCUUCUACCUGCCCAAGCUGGGGCUGUCUGUGCUGCACCGGGUGGAGAAGCAGGGCUACCCCGCUCUGGCCGUGCUCAUGGCCAACCUGCACUUUCUGGUCCCGCCCUUCAUGAACCCCAUCGUCUACUGCGUCAGGUCGAAGCAGAUCCGCCAGGGGCUGCUCAAGCGCUUCCAGCAGAAGAGGGUAGAUACGUCCUAGAGCCGCUAGAGGGUCAGUUAGGAGGCAACC